UCACAGGUGAAGCUGAUAAAGUCCCCGGGAGAAAACGCUCGAGCGAGUCUCCUACUCUUCACGCGCGACUGUUGUUUUUCUACACGAUGUAAAACAGUAACUAGUUUUGGUAGCUUCUGAGCGAAAUUCUGGGAUUCUGCGAAUCUAGCCGGAUGUUUAUGUUUGUUUGAGGUGGCUGAUGUUAUCUUCAGAGUUGGAGAAAAUAUGGAAGACCGAAUGGACGAGCCAACCAAAGCUUCACAGCCAGCAGGAGGUGGACAAUCUCAUCAGCGACCAAAUACCCAUUCCAGGCCAUUUUUCUACGUUCAACCACCUAUGCAGCCUUUUUAUACAUACCAGUGGCACAUGAACAACCCAUACAGUCACAACAUUCAUGGAUCAGGCUUUCAUUUUGGUCGCCCCUGCAUGAUGCCUUAUUCCUACCUGCAGUAUCCUGGUUAUGUUAUGCCUCACGCUGCCGUGCACCCUGUAGAUUAUAGAAGAAUUUAUGAGCGCAGCUUUCCACCUGGCACAUCAGCCGCUACUUACGACUUCAGCUUCCGCCAGCACCAGUCCAGUGGUGCCCAGAGAGAGACGACGUGUGCAGGGGCGCAGACCGACCCCUGUGAAGCACUGAAUAAACUAAUCGAGUGUCUGGAUCAGCUCCGUGUCGGAGAGGCCGUGCACUCUGGAAAGAAUUCCCAAACUUCUGGGACUGGGACCUUCUUGCCACAAGCUGAUGAGGAAAAGAGUGGAGAAGAGAGUGGUGCAAGGAAAUCUGUUAGUGGGUCCAAAACAGCAGAGCCAGAGUAUAGUGGGGAAAGGUGUUGUACCCAGCUGGAGAACUGGUCGGUGAGUUCAGGAAAGGAACCGUCGCUAGAUAGCUCCUCUGUGCAAGAGGAAGUCUGUGAGAUACAAGAGGAAGAUGACCACCUGCAUCAAGAUUUGUGUGUCCAGUCUCAAAAACAUCCCAAGUGCACUGAAGAACCAAAUAGUGGUCCAGAGAAAAGCCAAGAUAGGAAAGUUUCAGACGUCAAAGCAUGUGAACCCAGGGCACAACCAGAGUGGAAAGAUCCUAAUGCCAACUGGCCUUCAUCACAAUCCUCUCCAGUUCAUCCUCCUUCUACCAGAACAGCCGAAUCUCAGGGUACCGAGAGUGCCCCAGCCGAUAUUUCAGGCAAUUACUCCUGCUGUAUCCUCCACCUGCCGUUUGAAAAAGUCCUGAAUGCUAAUGUUUAUAGACCUGGCUCUACCACUCGAUCACUUGGUUCCCCUUUUAGUUACAGCUACUACCCACCGCAGCUGUCCCACGAGCGUGUAAGUGUAUUAAGCCCAUCUCUGGAUGAACUUUCUUCCCAUGAUGAGCUUCUGUCCACAGACCUGGAGGACAUGGGCCUGUUUCCAACACAAAUUUACACCAGAGGAAGACUGGCUGAGGUUGCAUCAAGGAAAAGCACUCCGUGUGUUGGUGAGCUCCAUACAGAUAUGUGUGUAUUCUAUCCAAAGAGGCUUACCUGUUCCGUUUGCGGCUCAAGUGCCCUCAAGGAGCACAGCAGGCCAAAAGCGUUCCGCUGUGAGACACACCAUUAUGGAGAUGUCGAUGACUCUGAUGAGGAAGAUCUAGAAGCUAACGUUGGAGACUGGGAAGCAAUAAAAACUUGCAAGCAUUGUCUUGGAGGCAACAUGACAAAAAUACACACCUCUAAGAAAAGUUACCCACUCUCCAAACACAGAUUUAGGCACAGAGAGGAGCUCAAGGGGAAACCAGGCCAGACAGACACAACUUGUACUGAACAUAUGCACUGUUGUGAAAAAUGGAUUAGUCCUCCAGAGAUGAGUACUGGUCAUUCCACCAGAGGAAUCAACACUCGACUUUGUAAAGAAAGACGAUGCAGAACGAUGGGAGUAAUGCCUGAUCAGGUUGUGUGGGAAAGUGCUGGAGGUAACGCCAGAACAAAGCCCUGCAGAGCUCAACCACUACCACAAAGGCAAGAAAGAAUGAGCCAGAGGAAGUCUCGCCUUAAGCAUCAGGAGUCCAGAAACGACAGUACUGCUGCAGAUGAUGGUGAUGAUGAUGACGACGAUGAUGAAGAGGAGGAGGAUAAAGGUGAAGGGACUACGAAAAGAGGGGGUGUGAGAUGCUAAAGUCCACAACGCACAGUGUCUGCAGUCAAAAUCGUCCACCACACACAAAAAAAACAUAAGCACUUGUUUUGUAUUGAUCAUUGAAAAUAAUUAAAAACAAAAUCUUUUGAGUUUUUGAGUGACACAAACCUCAGUACACACCACUGCUUAAUGUUUAUAGCACAGGGUAAGUCACGGGCAUGUUCUAUCAUUAGAAAAAUUUAAAACGGUUCCCAACACUGGAUGAUUUUGAAGUUGUUCAUUAUUAAAAAUGUUGCAAUCCC